AUGCGACAUUCUUUUGAGAAAAGUUGCCAGCGCAGGCGCACAGACUGAGAAUUUGUGAGAUGCAGAAAGAGAGAAAGCGCUCUAGAGUCUAGGUACGGUAGUCUCUGCAGCAACAGGGUCGAGCCUAGGGUGCUGGCUUCUGGUGAGGGGGCACUGGGUGUUGCGGUGGCACUUGUUGAGCUUUGUUGGUGGGGUCCGAACAGGAGCAAAAGUUCCAAGAGAGGAGCAUGACUCCUGUGAGGUUGAGGAGCCAUAAGGACCAGAUUACAAUAGAAGAUGAGCUGGACAACCAAGUAAGAGCAUUCAUAGCAUUGGAAACUGGAAGGGAUAUCCCCGAUGGGCAUGAGGAUGCCCUGCUAGCCCGCUUGCAAAGCAUUGCUGCGGAUAUCAAGGUGCAUCUUCAAAAGAACGUCGAGUUGUCUGAAGAUCUGCAGAAGGUCAGUGACACUCAGCAAAGGGGCGGAAGGAAGCAAAGAAAGGGGCCCAAACAUAUUGCAGUGGAGGAUGACGCCAAGCCCAGUGUAGGCCCUGCUGAGGAUACACCGGCGCUGGAGAAAGAUGUGACAGAGCUGGCUGCCCGAAUAGAAGCCCACUGCGAGGAGUUCCCCCAGCGUGUUGCGCACCAGUUGUCGGAGCAUCUCCAACGGAUACGACCGUUAGCCACGUCUUCAGAUCCACCGGAAACAGAUGAGAACCUUGACACGCGAUUGGAGCCUGUCUCAGGGCUUCCGUCCAUGGCAGAGUUGCAAGAGAAGCUUGGCGGGGCUGUGACCACAUUGCUGGGCCUCCAAAAACGGCUGGAACUAGCUGAGGCCAAAGCGUCCAGGGUAGUAAAUGCGGUGGAGCAAGAGCGGUCAAGAGGAGGGCCUUCUCUCACUGAACAGGUCAUUGCUGAGCAUGACAAAGUGAUGGGCUACUUGGAAGAUAAGGCCCGAGCAAGGGGCACAAAACGAGCUGCCACAACAAGUGAUCUUGGGGGUAGUCCCAUGACGCGAUCAAGAUCAAAGAUCCAUUUUACAGCCAUGGCGGCUCCUGGCCCGCCGCCAGCUCCCACAGCGGUUGCAAGUCCCGCAUCAGCAGGGGGGAGUGGCCCUGCAGCCCGAGCUGUCCUUGGCAGGGUUGGAGACACUGUCAAAGCAGCACUUGCUCAGCAGCGGCCUUGGACAGAACUAGCAGACAGGAAUGCCUUCUCAAAGCCAGAGUCCCUCACAGAAGCCAGCACGCGGAUCCGCAAGAACAUCACUUACUUCCGCGUGAACUACGCUGUGUUCAUGGUGUCUGUAGUCGGCCUCUGUAUGCUGUGGAACCCUAGCUCGCUCAUCGUGGCAGGACUGCUGGGGCUUGUCUGGGCAUACCUCUUCUUGGUGAGAAGCGAGCCACUUGUGAUCAGUGGGAGGACGCUGAGCGAGAAGGAAAAGUUCCUGGGGACAUCCAUCCUCACCCUCCUGAUAGUCUUUGUGUUCACGUCCGUUGGAUCGGUGCUCAUCUCAGGCAUUGGGCUUGGGAUCUUCCUCAUUGCUGUGCACGGGGCCUUCAAAACUCCGGACGACCUUUUCCUUGAUGAGCCUGAGGCAGCAGGGGGCUUUCUGUCCUUCUUGACAGCAGGAGCUCCUGCUUCACAACAACCUAUCAGCCACGUGUAAAGUCAGAUCUGAGCACUACUACUGUAUUGGACAGUAUGCAUAUAUAGGAAGGGUAUCCUUGUAGGGGACUGUACACGAGGGACGAUGAAUAGUGAGUUCUGUCACGUUUGCUAAGCAAGGACUCAGGCAGGCAAGGGUUCACGAGGAACUGAGAAGAUUAUUUGCGAGUGAGAGUGGUCAACCUGGCCUGGGGCUUGGGUGCACCCUUAUGUUGUAUGAAUGUACACUCAUCCUUCGGUCUUUUUGAAUUUUGGCUUCUGCUCCAAUUGAGCGUGCUCAAUUGCCUCUUUUUGUGGUUGUUCGUUUGCUGGCAUAGGGUUCACUGGCCUUUGAUGAACCCU